AUGGAGACGAAGCUUCCCAUGGACCCCCAACAUGCCCUGCUCAAUGAGGGGAAGGACGAUGAGAUGGAGAUAUUUGGCUACAAGACCCACGGCUUCCGGAGGGCCCUGUGCCUGGCUGGCUACGUCCUGUCCUGCGGAGGCCUCCUGCUUCUCUUCCACUGGAAACCCGACUGGGACGUCUGGGCCAACUGCCAGCCCUGCAGCUUGGAAGAGGCCGAUGUGCUGCUGCUCAGAACCACAGAUGAGAGCAAGAGAUACACUCGGAAGCGGGUGAUCUGCCUCGACUUCCGGGAUCUUUUGGGCUGUGAAGAAUCGGAUCAGGCCUUCAGCAAAGAAAAGCACUCAGUCCUACGGAAAGCCAUAAAGAUGCCUGACAUGAAAGGGAGAUAUAUCCAGGUACAAAAAAUACGCUAUAUCUGGGAUUUUUCUGAGAAAGAGUUUGCCCGAGUUGGGUCGCUUGAGGAUGGCAACACCUGCUACCAAGUUCAUCACCGAUUUGGAGAUGGGCUGGAAAGCAGGGAAAAGGCGCUCAGGAGCUCCGUCUGCGGUCCCAACGCCAUCGAGAUUGAAAUCCGCCCCGUCUGGAAGCUGCUCUUCAAAGAGAUCCUGAACCCCUUCUACGUCUUCCAAGCCUUCACCCUGAUCCUCUGGUACACCCAGGGCUACAUGGCGUAUUCCUCGGCCAUCAUCAUCCUCUCCGUCAUCUCCAUCGGACUCACCAUCUACGACCUCCGGCAGCAAUCCAUCAAGCUGCACAAUCUGGUGAAGGAGCACAACCAGGUGCAAGUCACAGUCUGGACGAAAGGCGAAGGUGGUUCCACCAUGGAGUCCCAUCACCUAGUCCCGGGGGACCUCCUUCUCCUGGAAGGCCAGCGGUUCUCCCUGCCCUGCGAUGCCAUCCUGCUGGAGGGAAGCUGCGUGAUCAACGAGGGGAUGCUCACGGGUGAGAGCGUUCCAGUCUCAAAGACCCCCCUGCCUCACUCCGACAACACCCUGCCCUGGAAGGUGUAUGGGAUGGGCGAUUAUCGGCGACACGUCCUCUUCUGUGGCACGGAGGUGAUCCAGACCAGACGGGCAGGACCAGGGCCUGUCCGGGCGGUUGUGCUGCAAACAGGGUUCAACACCGCCAAGGGGGAGCUGGUGAGGUCCAUCCUGUACCCAAAGCCAAUGAACUUCCGGCUCUACCAAGAAGCCUUCCAGUUCAUCGUGGGCCUGGCUGUGAUUGGGAUCCUGGGGAUGAUCUACGCCAUCUGUGUGUACGUGAUCCAGGAGCAAUCCUCCUCGGACACCGUGGCCAUGGCCCUCCUGCUGCUGACCGUCCCCGUCCCCCCGAUCAUCCCGGCAGCCCUGACCACCAGCAUCGUCUACGCCCAGCGGAGGUUGACCAAGAGGAAGAUUUUCUGCAUCAGUCCCCAGAGGAUCAACAUCUGUGGCCAGAUCAACCUGGUCUGCUUUGAUAAGACAGGCACCCUGACCGAGGAUGGGCUGGACCUCUGGGGAGCCCUUCCUUGCCAGAACCAGAGCUUCCAGAGCACGCACAGCUUCUUGGGGUCCCCCUUGCCCUGGGGGCCCCUCUGCAGAGCCAUGGCGAGCUGCCAUUCCCUCCUGCUGCUGGAGGGGAAGAUCCAGGGAGACCCGCUGGACCUGAAGAUGUUCGAAGGCACAAACUGGGAAAUGGAGGAGCACCAGCCGGACAAAAGCAGAACCAACUUCCCCGAAUCCUGCCUCCUUGUGAAGCCCGGAUCUGCUGCUCCCCCAGCCCCCGUGGAAGGGAUCCUAAUCCUGCAUCAGUUCCCCUUUUCGUCCUCCUUGCUGAGAAUGUCGGUCAUCACGCAGGAGCUGGGGAAGAGCGACUUCGAACUCUACAUGAAGGGAGCCCCGGAGACGGUGGCCGGCUUUUGUGAAGAGAGGACGGUUCCAACCAUCUUCCAAGCGGAGCUGAAACACUUCACAACUCAGGGCUUCCGAGUCAUCGGCCUGGCCCACAAGAAGCUUGAUCUUCCCCAAGGGGUGGUCUUCAGUGACCUGAAGAGGGAGGAGGUGGAAUCCGGCCUGACCUUCCUGGGCCUGCUGGUCAUGGAGAACCGCCUGAAAAGUGAGACCAAGCCUGUCCUGCAGGAGCUCAGCCAGGCCCGCAUCCGGAGCGUGAUGGUCACAGGCGACAACCUCCAGACAGCCAUCACUGUGGCCAGGAACUCUGGGAUGCUGCCGAGCACCAGCCAGGUGGUCCUGGUGGAUGCCCAGGAGCCGGAGGAUUCCUGCCCAGCAUCCGUGACUUGGCAGCUGGUGGAGGAGGAGGAGGAGGCGCCCUUAAUCAUGGGCAAAGACAAGUCUGAUUUUCAGGACCCCCAUAUUACCCUAGAGGACCCCGGUACAGAAGAGGGGGGCGACCGCUUCCACUUUGUCUUGAGUGGGGCGUCUUACCAGGUCCUGGUCAAGCACUUCAGCAGCCUGCUGCCCAAGGUACUUCUGAAUGGAACGAUCUUCGCCCGGAUGUCUCCAGCGCAGAAGUCCAGCCUCGUGGAAGAGUUUCAGAAACUCGAUUACUACGUUGCCAUGUGUGGAGAUGGAGCCAAUGACUGUGGGGCCCUGAAAAUGGCCCACGCCGGGAUCUCUCUUUCUGAGCAGGAGGCAUCGGUGGCUUCCCCCUUCACGUCCCAAAUCCCCAACAUUGAGUGUGUGCCAGCCCUGAUAAGGCAGGCCUGCGUCACUCAGUAUUGGCAGCUGGGAAUUACCAAUCUUCAGCAACUGCAGAUUCUGGGGAAUAACCAGUUCCUGAUCCAAGAUGUCUGCAUCACCCUUGUGGUUUGCCUCACAAUGAACCUGACCCACGCCUACCCCAAACUGGCCCCCUACCGGCCCCCCGGACGGCUGCUCUCUCCACCGCUGCUGCUGUCCGUCCUCUUCAACGUGGUCCUGAGCAUCCUGGUCCAGCUCUUCGGCUUCCUGUUCGUGAAGCAGCAGCCUUGGUACUGGCAGCUGCGUGGCCACUGGACAGACGAGGCCUCUCCUCCCUCUUUUCCAUCCCCAGAUAUUUUUUCGGGCAUGCUGUGCCUCCAGCUGUCUGUCGUCCUGUUCCUCUUCUUUGCUGACCUUGAGGGGGUCUACCAGAAGAUGGAGCUUCUCUGCACCCCAACCAUCUGGAGGGUCUACGUUCUGAUUAUGCUGCUGGUCACCUUUCUGGUCUCCUUCUUGGUGGAGGAUGGCAUCUUGCAGAACCGGCGCCUCUGGCUGCUGAUUAAGGCGCUCUGCCGGUUCCGCUCAUCCAGCCGCUACCGGGUGCUGCAGCGGCAGCUGGAAAGGGACGCCAUGUGGCCACCGCUGCACGGGCGAGACUUGGCGGACGACGGCAGCAACAGCCAGGCCUACCUCAACCCGGCCUAUGAGCCGGAGCAGCCCGCAAGCCGCCCGGGAAGCCGCCCCGGGACAGCCAGUCAUGACGGGGCGCAGCCGGAGGGGAGCGGCCGCUGA